AUGUCUUCAUCAACUUCUACAGUUCAAAAAAAAAAUCAGGUCACUAAUACGCAACGUAACCAAUCAGAAAAAUUGCCACCUGGAUCUCCAGCGACUACUAUUAAAGACCCAAAAAAGCAAGUAUCUGGUACAGUAAAUAAAACUGUUCCCAUCAAAAACUGCCACGAUUUUCUCAAAUCGAUUCAACAUGAAUAUGAACAAUUUGAAGUGAACAUGGACGAAAGAGAUUAG